AUGUGCAGGACAUUAGACAUUUUAAUUGUCUCUAUUAAUAGAUGUUUAUCAAAGAAAGAGUCGAUGCAAAUAAAGAAAAAAAAACUUUUAUUUCAUCUCAUCUUUCUUUUAAAAUCAAGACAAUUACGUUUAACAUACAAACAUUCUACACAAAAUCCAUGCAUGCUUCACCAGAGGGAGUGA